AAAUGGUUCGGAACUUGCCGCAGGAGUGGUAGCCCUUCGAUAGUUUGGUAAAUGAAUAGAAAAUGGAUAACUCGUGUUGACUCAGUCUAUAAAAUGUUACCACCUCGGCACCCGUUCAACUGGUGGCUCACACGGGCGGUUCUGUUCGGAAGUGGUGAAAGCCAGAAACGAUGGAUCAGCUGUUCGUUAGCGUUGCUCCGUAGUCACUACGACUCGCUUGGCGUGACCCCGAAUGCCACCCAGAACGACAUUAAACAAGCGUACUACAAACUGUCGAAGCUGUACCAUCCGGAUAAAAAUAAAGGCAGUGAUUCGGCUGCGGAAAAGUUCCGAGACAUUACCGCUGCCUACGAGGUGCUGGGAAACUAUCGCCUACGGAAGCUGUACGACAAAGGCAUUUUGCAUACCGCCGGUCGGCAUUAUGCCAGCGAGGCUCCAAGUGCAGCCUCCGAACAGCCGGAAGACGACGCCCAGACACGAUUCUACAAAAAGCGUAUGAAUAGAACUCAUGCGCCAACGGCGUCAGGUAGGACGCCGAUUUACGAUUUUGACGAAUGGUCUCGAAACCAUUACGGGAGCAGAUUUGAGCAAAAAAUGAAGGCGGAAGAACGGUUCAAACGAAAGGCGGAAAGGGAGGAGAUAUUUCAGACGCGCCUGCAGCACGAAUACAUCAUAUUUCCGUUGUUGUUUUUCUGUAUACUUUAUUGUGUGAUCGCUUUCCAAGAGGCAAGCUAUGAUACUCCACAACCGGUAACUAAGAAGGAGCCAUGAGUUGGCCGUUCGUUAGUAAAGUGCAUAAGUGAAGAUGUGUUAUUUAUGUGUACAUAUUUUGAUGAAGUAAUAACAAUAUACCGCUGGUGUGCAACGCCAAUAAUAAACA